AUGUACAACAAACAAUAUUAAAAACAACGAAUAUGGUCAAGAGAGGGCGUUGUUAUUUGUAAUCUAUCGCGAGGGUAUGCAUCUGUAUAGUGAAUGUUUCGAGGGAUGAAAAUCAAUCGCUCUGUUUCACUUGUACAUGCACUUCUUCAAAGAAGAUGUUUCACUGAUAGUUGUAGCUUUACCAGAAACAAUGGAUGUUUUAACUUCUCGUGUGUGAAAAUUUUAAGUUUAGAACCUUGUUUUCAUGUAUCUUCAUUACACCUUCACACCACAUCUGUUGUAGCUGGUCCAAAAGCCACAUUACUGAAGAAUUUUAUUAAAAACAAAGAGUUAAGAAAGUUGUAUAGAUGUACAAACACUUGUGUUCAGUGGCCAGAAAGUUCAACUUAUGUAUGUAAAAAACCUUGGUAUGUACAAGAAUCACCUUUUCUCAGAUUUGUCACAUAUCCAGUUUUACUGUCCUUGAGAAAGAUCAGUAAUUCUGCAGUUUUGUUUAAAAAGAAAAUGAAGAAAGAAAAUAUUGUAAUUAAAGAAGAAGAAGAGGAUGACAGAGAUGAGCAGGUUGAACAGCUAUUGAAAGAAUUGGAUGAAGACAGUUUGGCCAGAAGAAAAUACAGAGUACCAGGUUUAGGCUAUAAUGUCUUUGUUAUUCAACCAAAUGUCAAAUGGGGUCCUAAAAAGAAAAUCAAUACAACAGCAGAACUACAGUUAGAUGAAGCAGUGGGAUUAAUUCACACACUUCCUGGAUGGAAAGUUGUCAAAAAGGUGCCAGUACACUUUUCUAAGUGUUAUUAAACUCACCAAAGGCCAUUGUUAUGUUUUGAUAGCCAAACACAGACAAAUGAAACAUAGCCUUUGAUAAACAUAUGCCUCUCUGCUAAGCUAUCCAAGCACUAUAUUGUUGCUAGUGGUAGGGCAAAUGGGAUUUUAGGUUGUAUGUAUAGAAAUAUUGAAUACAAGUC